AAGGAAUGGCAGUUCCUGGAACUCACACCGUAUUCCUUCAUCACCUACAAGGACUAUAAGAAACUCAUCAUCGAGCUCGGCUGUGGCCUGCGCCAGUUGGGUCUGGAGCCCAGCAAGAAGCUUUUUCUCUUCGGCACCACCAGUGCGAGCUGGAUCUCUGUAUCGCACGCGUGCGCCUCUCAGUCCAUCUCCAUUGCCACUGCGUACGAGACCCUCGGCGUCGAGGGCGUCAAGCACUCGCUUGUCCAGACCGAGUGCGAAGUGGUAUACAUCGACCCCCAGCUACUGCCGACACUUGCUAGCGGCCCUCUCCAGGCGUCGAACGUCAAGACAGUCAUUGUGAACCAGGACUGUAUCUUUGCCGCUGGCAGUGAGAUGGAUGAGUUUAAGAGUAGCCACCCCGACAUCAAGGUCGUCGCUUACCAUGACCUUGUCGUCCUCGGCCAAGAGCACCCAGUAGAGCCGACUCCUGCCAAAGGUCCAGACUUAUACUGCAUUAUGUACACCUCGGGCUCGAGCGGCGUUCCCAAGGGCGCUUGCAUCACCCACCAGUCCCUCGUCGCUGGAGUCGCUGGUCUCUACAGCUGCAUAGACGAUUGUGUCAGCGAUCAGGAGUGCGUGCUUGGGUACCUCCCGCUGGCCCACAUUCUCGAAAUGGCCAUGGAAAACCUCGUCUUCUCCAUCGGCGGAAGAAUUGGGUACGGAAGCCCGCGGACCCUGUCAGACACGUUGGUCAAGAACUGCGAGGGGGACAUGCGCGCACUCCAGCCCACGGUUAUGGUGGGCAUCCCGCAGAUCUGGGAGACUGUCAGAAAGGGAGUCUUGUCCAAACUGAAAACGUCGAGCCCGGUUCUGCAGGCCCUUUUCUGGGGUGCCGUUCGCUACAAGGGCCUUCUAUCGCGGUACAGGUUGCCCGGCGCGUCCUUGUUUGACGGCCUUGUGUUUGGAAAGGUCCGCGAGCUCACCGGUGGCCGGCUCCGAUUCACCAUGAACGGCGCCAGCGGCAUAUCGGACGACACAAAGGAAUUUAUCUCCCUAGUCUUUGCCCCUAUGCUGACGGGUUAUGGCCUCACCGAGACCUGCGCGACCGGGUCCCUCGGGUGCCCGCUCGAGUAUACUCCCACCGCCAUCGGGCCCAUUCCCGGCUCCUGUGAUGCCAAGCUGGUAUCGAUACCCGAUCUGGGGUACUCGGCCGACGCGGCGGUGCCCCAGGGCGAGGUAUGGCUUAAGGGUAUGCCUAUCAUGACGGAGUACUUCAAAAACCCAGAGGAGACGAGCAGGGCGCUGACACCCGACGGCUGGUUCCGGACCGGCGAUAUAGGGGAGUUCGAUGCGAACGGUCAUCUCCGGAUCAUUGACCGCGUCAAGAACCUCGUCAAGAUGCAAGGUGGCGAGUACGUUGCGCUCGAGAAAGUGGAGGCGGUCUACCGAGGGAGCCAGGUCGUGACCAAUAUCAUGGUUGAGGCUGAUUCCCGCUACCGGCGUCCUAUUGCCGUUAUUAUGCCUAACGAUAGAGUACUCGCACCCAUAGCGCAGGAGCUCGGCGUGGAGGAACAGAACAUGCAUACGGACAGCAAAGUUAGGGGCGUGAUUCUUAAGGAACUCCAGGCUAUAGGCCGGCGUGCCGGUCUCUCUGCAAUAGAGAUAGUGGCGGGUGUUGUCGUCUCGAGCGAGGAGUGGACGCCUCUUAGUGGAAUGGUUACCGCUACGCAGAAGCUUGACAGAAGGGGCAUCCGCGGGAGGUUCAAGAGGGAAAUUGACGAGUGCUUCCAGGGCAUCGAUUAG